ACUCGCUUCUCGAUCCUCAUUAAUACCUGACCUAUAUGCUCAGACUAACACUUACAAACAUCCGUCACAAAAUGUGAGCAGACAUGGGGAAAAAGAGCACUGCCGUGGGAUUCCUGGUGUUCGGUGGGCUGUUUUUACAGUACAUGAUGAGGACGACCAUAGCUAUAGCCAUACCUGCCGCUGUACAGGGUUACCACGGACUGUAUACCAACCUGGAGGAUAUAAUCUUUAGGUGGAGAGGAGGGAGCUCUAAACUGCAGCUGAACUACACCCAGGUGGAAGUAGGAGCGAUAUUCGGCACGUUCUACAUCGGGUACAUCCCGUCACGUCUGCUCGGGGGACACCUGGCCUUCAGGUUCCCCGCUCUCAGGGUGUUCCAACUCAGUCUUCUCAUGACGUCACUGUUGCACAUCUGGGCUCCGGUCGGACUCGGCGUCCACCUCUCUGUCAUCAUCAUCAUCAGAAUACUGCGGGGGUUCACGGAGGGUAUAGCAUUUCCGGCAGCGUUCACUCUACUGGUAGAAUGGCUGCCGACUUUCACAGCUGAUAGGGCUAGAAUCAUCACUACUGUACCUAUAGUGAUGUACCUCGGUUUUGGCCUCGGCUUUCUCCUCAACAGUCUGUUUCUCCCGCUCUUUGGUUGGUUCGCACCGUUUGCCUUAUUUGGUAUUUUCGGGAUUUUAUGGACAGCUAUCAUGGAAACCUUCAACUGCGUCUACGGCUUCACCCAAGGGCCGACUGAAGACGACAUGAAAGACAUGAACAAAAACAGAAAGUCCAGUAUAGAGAAUCAAUAUAAUGGCAGACGAAUAAGUAACAAUACACCCAUCCCGUGGACAGCGAUGAUGACGUCACCUGCAGUGCUGGCCGUGGUGUUCUGCGAAGCUGUCCUGAAGUGUGGACAGCACCUGGUCCUGCUGUACGCGCCCAUCAUGUUCUCACAAGUCGGCAAACGCUCCAUUACAGAGAUCGGCCUGCUGUCCAUGUCUCCUCCGCUGCUCGUGGCCUUCAUUCUCCCCAUCGCUCUGGUCAUCAUCCCCAGUCUCAACUUGGUGGACCCUCCUAGAAAAAUCUUUAACUCGAUAGGUUUCUUUGGUUUUGCCGCUGGACUGAUGGUAGUCGGCAUGAAGCCUAAUUUCAUCUGGAUGACGGUAUUUCUCGCUGUUGGACUUGGGAUGACUGCAUUUGCACUGGCUGCUGGUUAUAACAUGACGCCCAUCGAGAUAGCUCCCGAGUAUGCCACCAUCAUCCGGGGGGUGUCGGCAGCUUUUGGAACAGCCAUCGGAGCGUUUUACAUCAUAUUUGUGGGAUGGGCCACAGGAGACAAGACGACGAACCAGUGGUCCAUAGUGUGCGUGUUGGAGGCCUGUUUCCUCUGCGCGGCGGCCGUGCUCUUCAUGAUCUCCGGGCGGUCGACCGUGCAGCCCUGGGCCCGUCCGUGGGAGCGGAACGGUGAGCCGCCCAGACCGCAGCUCCGGGACACCGCCUCGGCGGACCGACUCGUCUCUCCCGCCGGGAGCCUCAACGAUUUGCUGGAGGCGACCUCGCAGGAGUGCGUCCAACCUGAUAUGGACGACUACUACACGGCGUUCAAGAAAGGGCAGGAGAAAACGGAGUAAAGUCGACUGAAACAGCCAGAAAUUGUAAAAAAAAAGUGGUUUGCAACAGAAAAGGGAAUAAAGUCGAGCAGACAUAGCCAGAAGUUGUCUAAAUGGUUCCUUUAUAUCACAUUUUAAACUCCGGCAUCCGAAGAAUGCAUCCGCCCUGACAUCGACGACUACUACACGGCUUUCAAGAAAGGGCAGCAGAAAACGGAGUAAAAUCGACUAGAUUACGAUAGCCAGAAAUUGUAA